UGGAAAUGGUGGAAUUGUGUACUGUGAUAUCUACAGAUCUCCGGAAAAGUAAGUUUUCAACGGUAUAGUAUUAUCCGAAUGCCGCGAUGGACAGGAUACUUAAAGGGAUCAUGAAGUACAGGAAGUGCCAUCGGGAAGGAAUGGUGAAGCAGUUUCAGAAAGUUCGGGAUCAUCCCGAGCCAAAGGCAGUGUUCUUUACCUGCAUGGACUCCCGGAUGAUACCAACUAGAUUUACGGAAACAAACGUUGGGGACAUGUUUGUCGUGCGGAAUCCCGGCAAUGUCGUCCCGCACUCGCAGCAUUUCGUGGACGAAUUCACCAUGUGCGAGUCAGCGGCGCUGGAGCUCGGCUGCGUGGUGAACGACAUCAGGCACGUUAUAGUCUGCGGCCACAGCGAUUGCAAAGCGAUGAACUUGCUGUACGCGCUGCGGGACGAGGAAUUUGCGUCUCAAAUGAACAGGAGGAUCUCGCCGCUGAGAGCGUGGCUGUGCGCGCACGCCAGCAGCAGUUUGGCGAAGUUUCAGCACCUCGAAGUAGCCGGUUUCCACGAGCCGAUUAUUUUUCAGGCCGAGACGCCGCUGCGAAAAUUCGUCGCCUACAUCGAUCCGGAGGAUAAGUUCGCUAUCGAGGACAAGCUGUCGCAAAUCAACACGCUGCAGCAGCUUCAGAACGUCGCGUCCUACGGCUUCCUGAAGAAACGCCUGGAGAGGCACGACCUGCACAUCCACGCCCUGUGGUUCGAUAUUUACACCGGGGAUAUCUAUUACUUCAGCCGCGCCAACAAAAGAUUCGUCGAGAUCAACGAGGCGACCGAGCCUGCUCUGCUUAAGGAAAUCAAGAAAUAUUACUCGUAGACCGUCUUUCUCGCGGCGGAUGGCGCGUUUCCGCGUCGGCGACGGCGACGGAUCGCCAGCGUGGUGUUGCCGAAACGCGCAAAGUAGGCCGCGGGGGCAUAGUCGCAUAUUUUUAUACUACUCGAAGAGACUCGUUCCCCCUUCGCAGAUUUCUGCCGAUAUCCGCGCACGGAGGAUCACGCCGAUCGCGCUACAAAUUAAAAAUUCUCCGAUGCGUCGCCGACGUGAUGUGCUCGAUACAUUGUGACACAUUGUGUUCACUAUACUAUUUUCUUCUUAUUUAACAUUUUUUUAUUUACACACUAUUGUCUGUAAAAUAUAGCGAACUGCCGCGGCAAAAGGGGAACAUUCGUCGCGCUCGCACCGGUCAGCUCGGUCAACAUUCGGCGUGAUGCGCGAUAGAACUGAUCAGCGGAUUUACAGGAUUGAUUAACAUUGUUACCCCGGUUCUGUCUGGAGAGAUAUCCGUCGCUUACACGAGUCGCUCUUUGACUGAUGACUUCCGCCGGGUGUGAGGACGACUGAUCGAUCGGGACGCGAAUCAAGUUCUGGGUGGCGCAAAUGUGUAUCAGAUCCCUCCGAGAUAGAAUCUAAUUUAACGAGCCAUGACAAGCUAUGCUCGUAUAGAAUUUAUUUAUAUAUUCAGACAAGUUCCUCCAGGGACAUGCAUUGCCCUGAAAAGAAAAAAGAAACGUGCCGUUCUUCAUUUAUCGGCGUCUGCCUAAGACAUGUGCGCGAUCCUUCUUUCUUUUCGUGUUGCGCCAGAUGGGUGGUAAAAUUAAAUAAAUAUCGUCCGAAUUUCGGCGUUAUUUGACUCUCCGGGGAACCGCCACACCGGUUACCGGUUAUCGAAUUUCGAGACUUUGAUUUCUCGGGGCAGCGCGUGUCCGGCAAUUUCUCGAGCUAUUUACGUGGAGAUCUGCGUGUGAGUUACACUCGUUACACUCGUGCAUAUACGCGCACGAACAAUGUGACGUAUGCAUACGCGGAGGCCCGCACAAUACGUUACGAACCGUUAAAGGUACAGACAGCGAGAUAUUUAACUAUAUAUAUAUAUAUAUCUAUAUAUAUAUAUAUAUAUAUAUCGGGGACGCAAAACUGGGUAAACGCGGGCUCUCCGUCCGUGUCUCCGUCGCGUUUCUUUCGGUUUUGCGGUUCGCUCGCCGUUCCGACGCGAUCGUAUUGAGAAAAGAGCGCCGGAGCCGCGCGAACCAAUGGCAAGUGCUACCGAUAGAUAGAUGGGACGGCUUCGGACGAACUAGAGCAUGCCAGUUCCGAAAGAGAAAGCAAAACAACGAAAGAAGUCGUAGGUAUCGUCGUUAGGACUGCGCGCGACUGCGCGCUUACGCGAUGCCCACCAACUGUAAACUGCAACGUAUGCGCGAUGCACCGUUCUGUCGCUUGAGGUCGCUCGAUGUAAGCUUCCACGUGUGGGUUGCAAAUAAACGCAAAUGUCGCUUGUU